CUGGUUCACCAGCGCAGCACCCACACCGGCGAGCGCCCCUACACCUGCGCCCAGUGCGGCAAGGGCUUCACCAACUCCACCAGGCUGCUGAUACACCAGCGCAUCCACACCGGUGAACGCCCAUACACCUGCGCCCAGUGCGGCAAGGGCUUCACCCAGUCCAACAGCCUGCUGGUUCACCAGCGCAGCACCCACACUGGCGAGCGCCUCUUCACCUGUGCCCAGUGCGGCAAGGGCUUCACCAACUCCAGCAGCCUGCUGGUUCACCAGCGCAGCACCCACACCGGCGAGCGCCCCUACACCUGCGCCCAGUGCGGCAAGGGCUUCACCACCUCCACCAGGCUGCUGAUACACCAGCGCAUCCACACCGGUGAGCGCCCAUACACCUGCGCCCAGUGCGGCAAGGGCUUCACCCAGUCUACUCACCUGCUGGUUCACCAGCGCACCCACACCGGCGAGCACCCCUACACCUGCGCCCAGUGCAACAAGGGCUUCACCCAGUCCAGCAGCCUGCAGAAGCACCAGCGCACACACACCGGCGAACGCCCCUACACCUGCGCCCAGUGCGGCAAGGGCUUCACCCGCUCCAGCAGCCUGCAGAAGCACCAGCGCACCCACACCGGCGAGCGCCCCUACACCUGCGCCCAGUGCGGCAAGGGCUUCACCCAGUCCUCCAACCUGCUGCUUCACCAGCGCACCCACACCGGUGAGCGCCCCUACACCUGCGCCCAGUGCGGCAAGGGCUUCACCCGCUCCAGCAGCCUGCAGAAGCACCAACGCACCCACACCGGCUAG